AUGGACACUACCACCGAUUCUGCCACUACGCAUGCAUUUGCGACUACAAUGAGACAUCAUGAUAUGAAGAAACCGAUGUGGAUGUGGUUUCAUACCAAAAUCAAUGAUCUGGUGCUUUUCGACUUUUGGAUAGUUACAACUCCUGGAGAGAUGAUCUGGACAUGCUUGGUAAUAAUGGUUUUGGGAGUUCUGCUGGAAUUUAUUCGAUAUGCACGAUGGCGAAUGGAAUUGGCAAACCGAAAAGAGCUUAUGCUGUCCACAAAGUACGCUACAUUCGAAUUUGUUAGAUCUGAGAGCUAUGUGACACGCCUCUUCUCAUAUUCUCAUCUUCUUCAAACAUUUUGUUUCGGAGUACAAUUAGUGCUCAGUUAUAUGCUCAUGCUUGUAUUCAUGACAUUUUCCAUAUGGCUCGGAUUAGCAGUAUGCAUAGGAGCUGGUAUCGGUUUUCUUUUAUUUGGCUCGAGAACAGUGACACAAGCGGAAUUAGAAGAAAUGCACGGCGAUAAAUGUUGUUGA